AUGACGCAGAUCCCACACCCCCUUUCAGCUCUCACCGUUGCGGAGAGUGAUGUGGCCCGUGAUGCUGUCUUGGCAGAUCACGAGGGCGCUGUGCUGAAGUUCCGCCUCAUCUUCCUUCUCGAGCCCCCAAAGGCCGAGGUGAUUACAUUCCUUGACCUUGAGCACGCCGGAAAGGUCACCGCAGAGACUCCUCGCCCUGUCCGCACAGCACAGGUUCACUACGAUGUCAUCGGCGGCGACAAUGCUGCUGUAUACCAAGAAUCCGUGGUCGACCUGAGCUCCAAGAAGGUCGUCGACACCAAGAUUGUUGCCAAAGUACACCAAGCGAGUUUGGUCCUCUCUGAGUUUGACGACCUUGUCAAUGCAUGCAAGGAGUCGCCGCUUUUCCAGGAAAAGAUUGCCGCCCUCGAGCUCCCGAAAGAUUUCGAAGUCGUCGUCGAGCCCUGGCCAUAUGGUGCUCCCGAAGUGGCCGAUGGCAAUACCCGUCUGUUCCAAGCCCUGAUCUUCGCGCGUGACGCAAGCAGCGGGAACCCGGACACCAACUUCUACGCCUUCCCGUUACCCCUCAUUCCUGUGAUGGACGCAGCGACGAAGAAGAUUAUCCGCAUUGAUGAUCUCGCCACCGGCGGCAAAGGGGACCCGUUGAAGGGACAAACACACAAGCCCGCUGUGCUGGAGCACUGCGAAGCGGCAGAAUAUGUUCCAGAGCUCCUGGCUGGUGGCGUGAGAAAGGACCUGAAGCCCUUGACUGUUGUCCAGCCCGAAGGCCCCAGCUUCGCCGUCACGGACGGUAACCUGAUUCAGUGGCAGAAGUGGAGCAUGAGAGUCACAUUCAACCCGCGAGAGGGAGCUGUUGUCCACGACAUCAGGUUUGACGGGCGCAGCGUGCUCUAUAGGCUCAGCAUGAGCGACAUGACUGUUCCAUAUGCUGAUCCGCGACCUCCCUUCCACCGAAAGCAGGCCUUUGACUUUGGAGACGGAGGCCUUGGAAAUGCUGUUAAUAAUCUGACGUUGGGAUGCGAUUGUCUCGGUGUCAUCAAGUACUUCGACGGUGUCCUCACUGGGGCUGACGGCUCCGCCAACGAAACGAAGAACGUCAUCUGCCUCCACGAGCAGGAUGCCGGUAUCAACUGGAAGCACACGAACUGGAGGACCGGCCGCGCCGUUGUGACCCGCCGACGCGAGCUUGUGGUCCAGUUCAUCAUCACGCUGGCCAACUACGAGUACAUCUUCAACUACAAAUUCGACCAAGCAGCCGGCAUCACCGUCGAAGCCCGCGCGACAGGCAUCGUCUCGGUUGUGAACAUUGACCCCGGCAAGACGAGCCCAUGGGGCAACAUUGUCAGCCCAGGUGCCCUCGCUCAGAAUCAUCAGCACAUCUUCUGCGUGCGCAUCGACCCCGCGAUCGAUGGCCAGCAGAACACCGUUGUGCAAGAAGAGAGCCUUCCCGUUCGCAUGGACAAGCGAACGAAUCCCAAUGGCAACUACUAUGAGGUCCGACAAACGCCCAUCACAACAUCGGUGGGCCUUGAUGCCGUGCCGCAGAACCACAGGGUGUUCAAGAUCCAGAACACCAACAAGCUCAACCCCAUCAGCGGCAAGCCCGUCGCGUACAAGAUUGCACCGCCUGCCACUCAGCUGCUCCUCGCCGACCCGAAUAGCGUUCAGGCGAAGCGUGCUCUUUUCGCUCAACACCACCUGUGGGUCACCAAAUUCAGGGAUGACGAACUGUACGCCGGUGGCCGCUAUACACUGAUGAGCAAGAAUGAGGUUGACGGCGUGUCUGAUGCGGCUGACCGCAACGACGACGUUCUCAAUGAGGACGUCGUCGUGUGGAGCGUAUUCGGCCUGACCCAUAACCCCAGAAUCGAAGAUUGGCCCGUCAUGCCUGUUGAAAUCAUGCAGCUUCACAUUACUCCUUCUGAUUUCUUCACCAGAAAUCCUGCGAUUGAUGUGCCCUCAGAUAAGGAUCUCGGCUCGAAGCCAACAGAGGGUUGCUGCAGUAAGCUGUAG